AGAUUCACCUGUCCAGCGCGCGCGCACGCCUGCUCACACUUACACACCUGCGCUCUCGUGAGACUCGCUACUGACCGGAAGAGGGAGGUUUCUAUACCAGUGAAGAAAGAGCAGAGAGAGAGUGAAGUGAAGCGCUGUCCUGCCGGAGAAUAGCUUCCUUUAACACACAAUAAAAGAGCGAAGGACUCCGGGGGAAGUGAAAUACCAACGCGAAUAUCUCGAAGAAACCACUGAUUUACUUCUUCAUCUGUUUGAUUCAUAUCCAGGGGUUCAUCCCAGAACCUAAAGCGGAGAGGUAAAGGUUCGAAGAAGCAACAGAAGGUUUUGAGGAGGAAUCAUAAGAAUCUGUUCCAAGCUUAGUUUCCAGUUUUCUAUUUUGGAUAAAGAUGCCAGAGAAGAAGAUCGGAGGUCCAGGGAUGAGUAUCUUCAGCUGGUGUCGGGUGGUCGCUGCUGUAGCUCUGAUCUUGAUCAUACUGGGAGGGCUGGGAGCCGCCAUCUGGGCCCUUGUCACGUAUCUUAGAACAACAGAAGAUACUGGAUUAUUUGAAGUGCAGGUGAGCGCAGCAGACCAGAGGCUGCGAGUUUUCGACACCACCCAGCGGAGAUGGAAACACGUCUGCUCAUCCAGCGCCAACCAGCUCAUAGCCAACAUCAGCUGUGAGGAGAUGGGCUUCGUCAGAGCAGUGAAUUACUCAGUGACAUGUGCUCCUGAUAAUAGUGGUGACAAAGAUUUCUUCUGCGUCAAAGAGAGUGAGUUAACAUAUGGGAAGAAGAUAAAAACAGCCCUCUAUCCUUGUAAAUGUGACAAAGGUCAGAUAAUUCAGGUGAUUUGUCAGGACUGUGGUCGUCGUAUGCUGCCUGAAGAGCGGAUCGUGGGGGGAGUGGAUGCCCGCCAGGGUUCGUGGCCGUGGCAGGUCAGCUUACAGUAUGACGGAGUUCAUCAGUGUGGUGGAUCCAUCAUUUCAGAUCGCUGGAUCAUCAGUGCCGCACACUGCUUUCCUGAGAGGUAUCGUCAUGUUUCACGCUGGCGGGUUCUGAUGGGAACGAUCUACAACACUCCCAUCAGUAAGAACGUUGUGAUCGCUGAGGUGAAGACGGUUGUCUACCACAGCAGCUACCUGCCCUUCGUCGACGCCAACAUUGAUGACAACAGUCGAGACAUAGCAGUCCUGGCACUGACAAAACCUCUGCAGUUCACUGAUUAUAUCCAGCCAGUGUGUCUUCCUACCCAUGGCCAGCGUUUGGCAGAUGGGCAGAUGGGUACAGUAACCGGCUGGGGUAACAUGGAGUAUUAUGGCACUCAAGCCAACGUCCUCCAGGAAGCCCAUGUGCCCAUCAUCAGUGAUGUUGUUUGCAAUGGCCCGGAUUAUUAUGACAACCAGGUCACAACCACCAUGUUCUGUGCUGGUUAUGAGAAAGGAGGAACCGACUCCUGCCAGGGGGACAGUGGUGGUCCUUUCGUAGCAUCAGAUGUCCUGUCUAAGACCAGCCGUUAUCGUUUGCUGGGGGUGGUGAGCUGGGGUACAGGCUGCGCCAUGGCCAAAAAGCCCGGCGUCUACACACGGGUGUCACGCUUUCUGCCUUGGUUAUCCACAGCCAUGAGGAUGUAUGAAAACUCCCCAGGGGUCCACAAAAUGGCACGAGCGGUUACACCAUAGCCAUUCAGAGCGGACAAAUGCUUAAUAUAAGACUGAAAUGUUGCUCGUUGAGGUCAGAUGUGUUGCUCGGAUCAGUCUGCGAUCAGACGUCUGGUGUUCAUCAGAUGUUCUGUGAUGAUCAAUCUGUCUCAAGGACAAUAUCUGACCCACGGAGGCCAAGAACAAUUUCUGAUGCUGUACUUUUAGGGUUUAAUAUGUUUAUGAACAUAGCAUGUUUUAUUAACAUUACAAUAAAACAUGCUAUUUUUCUCUGAAAAUCUGUAUAAUGCGAUAUAUAAGGUAAUAAAAUUAGCAAUUUUGGCUAAACCCAAAACCACUCAUAAUACAUGUGUGUAUAUAUAUAUAUAUACAUACAUAAAUAUAUACAUACAUACCUGUGUGUAUAUAUAAACUUUUUUUUUUCACACACAAAACCAGUUGAUAAUUUCAGGCUAUAGGGUAUUUUUAUCCUACUUUAUUGCAAAACAAAUUAAAUCCAUGUUCAUAUUCAGCUCUAGUUCAUUUACUAAAAAAAAUAAACAAAGAAACAUAAAAAAAAUCUAUUAAUUUAAGUAAUAUAAUGCUGUACAAACAGGCAUAACAUGGACUCCAGACAGUAACACACACACACAAACACAAUUUUUUCACAGUCCUAAAUCUGACAAGAACUUUAUAACAACUUUAGAUCAAUCUACAGUAUUUAUAUCAAAUUUGUUUACUAGUGGCACAGGUCCAGUCAAAACCUGUAGUGCAUGCACUUGUAAGAACAUUUCACCGAAUAAGACAGGCCUCUGUGACAUGUGCCAUCAUUAAAUGUGUACUUAAAUAGGUUUUAUGAAUUGAAAUGGCAAGAAUGGUGACGUUUCAUGAAAACUACACAUCUGAUGUAUUUUACAUGUAUUAUAUUAUAUUUUCUCUUCUUUUUUCUUAAAGUUGCCCCUUUUAUGCCAUUUUUACAGUUCCUAAUAUUAUUUUGGGAGACACCUACAAUAGGGUUACAUACAUGCAAGGCCAAAAAACGCUUUUGUUUUUUCAAAAUAUGCAUUUAAUAUCACCUAAUUUUCCAGCAAUUCUCAAACGAUUCGUUUGAAGCAGUUCAAAGAUUCAAUGUCUCUAAACCCCUCCUUUCUGUGAGCCUGCUCUGCUCUGAUUGGUCAGAUGGCCCAGUCUGUUGUAAUUGGUCUACGGCGUACAGCGGUGUCAGAAAUACUACACAUUUUUCAAUAGUUCUGUAUUUUGAACGCUCUACUGAAAAUAUAAACCUCUAUUAUUUCUAACACUUACAGGUUGUGAUUCAGUGAAGCAGCUGGUCCAGAUAAACAGGGUACCUAGCCAUCUUUCAAAAGCAACCGUUUCAUGAAUUCGGUGUUGAACUCCGAAUGACAUGUUUGUGGGCCGGGCAACGUAGAACAUAGGCGCACAUUAUGCAAAUAUAUUACCCACGUCAAGGAACUGGGAUUCAAAUUCCUAAUGACUCGUUUAGGCUUUAGAGAGCUGAUUCUUUAUUUUGGGAAUAAUAAUAACUUUAUUUAUCAUGCACUUUACAAUAUUGCUGAUUCUUUACAUUCACAUACAGCUUCAUUACACACUACAUGAAAAGCAAUAAUGGAAAUGGCAUAAUAGGGGCAAUUUAAAGAUGGGUUAAGCAUUGAAGUGACAUGCACAAAAUGUAAAGACACAAACCAAAGACUGGUUUAGAGAGCAGUAUGAAUAAACCGUGGCAGUCAGUAUUGUUGCUUAUAUUGUUGUACAUAUGAAUAGCUUCCUUAUUAUAUGCAAUGCACUGAUUAAUUCAAUUGUAUGUCUAAUUUUAUGAUAAGCUGCUAUAUUGUUAUCCAGAUUUUGUACCAUAACCUUCUGAGUAACAUUUUUGUAGUAAUUUGGUAGCUCUUUAUGCCUGUUGAAUAUGAAAACAAUAAAUCUAAAAAAAACA